AUGAUUUCUAGAGCAGUACGAGUGCCGCGUAUUCGCCUGGCAUGCAGGUUUGGCUUAAUAACACAACGAAGCACUGGUCUGGGCUUCCGACCAAGUCCAGUUCAUGAGGGCCUGGCACGACGACUAUAUACGUCCGACCUUGGAAAUGCUGGGGAGAACAAGGUUGAUGCUUUCAUAACGAAUACGGACGCUUCGAAAACAACGCCGAAAGAAGAGCAGUUGGACGAAGAGUCAAAAGUUUCACCUACAGGGUCAGAAGACACCACACCAGCUCCGGAUUUUCCCUCCACCACCAACGUCGACUCUGAGCCAACUAGUAGCUCCGAGGAACCUCAAUUACACGAGGACCCGAUCUCGAAAGACACGACGAUAUCUCCUGGCGACGAGACAUUCCCAGAGAAGCUGGUUGACGAUGCACUGAACGAAUCCUCAUCACAACCGCAAUCGUCAAGAUACGUUUUACCUGACCUGCCCGACUUCCCCAAAUCGUCAUCAGGACGUUCACCCAGUCCCGAACAGUAUGCGCUGGACGAACUCUUGGGAGAAUCGCAGAAGCCAGGGAUCGAGGCAUUUGCACUGCCUGAACUAGAAGCCCCAGAUCUUGAAGACGAGCUCAUACCUUUGCCAAAGAGACGCCUCUACGAUCGUCUUAUGCACGAUGAAUCCCUCGGAGUCUCUACUCUGGGAAUGCCAGCUGGUGCCAUUAUCAUCAACAAUCCGAAUAUGACACGCAUCGAGCGGCCAGCCCCUACUGUGAUGGAGGCGAAACCUAUAGAAACUACAGAUCUUGACUGGCAAAAUUUGACUCCGUCCGGAAUGACAGAGCCUGAAUCUGAAGAGAUCUUCAAGAAUAUCGACGAAAUUUGUCCCACGAGUCGUAUUCUGCGUCAAACUGAUAUCGACAAGCUCGUCAGCACUCUUUGCGAUGGUUUCACAGUCACCCAGCUGCGGGAAUAUCACAGUGCUCGCAAGCCAGAGCCCAGGGAUCAUGACAUGGUAAAAUACGAGUGGAUAGAAGAGAUUGUACCAUGGACUCCAAUGAAUUCGGUUCGACUGCGUGGCAAUGAUAAGGCUACCCUUGCUCAAAAGAUCGUGUUGGAUAAAUGGAAGAUUAAGGUUCAGGAACACGCGGACGAUCUUGGAAAAGCGUUCGUUUGGAUGGAUCCUGAGAUCUUCCCCUUUCUCAUAUAUGGUCGCAACAACACAAGCCGUCUACUUUGGGAGCUCAAGCGGGAUUUCAUAGUCGGCGAAGACGAGAAGUUAACAUUGCAUACUCCAAAAUGCCGCCUCAACAUUACAGCGAAAAAGUCAACUACUUACGGUAUCCUCGCUCAUAUUGACCAGGCCGUGCAGAGGAUGAAGAGCCGGGUUAUCGACGUUGCCCCUCUUCUUCCGAAGACUCGAUCAGUAGCUCUAACGCAGGCAGAGCGCAAGGAGCUCGGCCGGCUUACCAAGACUUCAAUCACGCCUGUAAGGCAUGGCUCCCAGGAGAUGUUGCGCGUCUCCUGGAUGCCCCAGCCUGACGAGCCCCCAACCGAGACAGAAGACCUUGCAGACACAGUAUUCCGCUUAAUCGUUGGCCGUGUCGUCCCGGGCGCCGACCACGGUGUCCUGCAGUGCCUUCCGCGAUCUGAUAACCAAGACCUAGUCACUGGCCAGCCCGUACCUGUACAACGCCAGGCUCGGGCUAUGUCGUGGAGAGACAAGCUCCAGAAGUGGCUGAGAAUUGUCGCACCCAUCAGCAAGGAUACUCAAAACACUCUACCGCUAGGGCUGCCUUCCGAAUCAGUGAUUCCUGAAGAGAAAUGUCCUCGCAGUGGAAAUGUAGACGCUACUACAGCGAGGUUUGGCCAUAUCCUACACCAACGCGCUAGCACCUCGAUGAAGGAACUCUACCGCAAACGCCGCAUCCUAGCUCCCCUUACACCUCAUCCCGCUGCUUUCUCCGCCCUCAAACCUGACAACGACUUGCCCCUGAAGGAGACUACUUCCAUUGUUAUGCACCUUUCGCCUCAUGUCGAUACUUCAGAGAGUCCAGUAACGGAUUCUAAUAAGAAGAAACAUGCAGACCCUGCUGCCUAUAUCACCAUUCCCGUCCACCCUCAGGCCGAUCUCGACAACUUCACGAUCCCAGACGACGCAACCGUCCACAUUUAUGUGCCGUGGCACAACAGUGACGUGCUUCUUCCUACAGAGGCUGUAGAUGUCCGCUUUGAGCACAAACGCUCCUAUGCUCUCUCAAUAAAACACCCAGGCAUAAAGGAAUUCUUUGAGAAAUCGCAGCUCAACCUCCGUGAGGGUCAACUUAGAACACCGAGCCAAGCCAAGCUCAUGGUUCCAGGAUCAUGGCUACGAGGAAGUGGCAGCGGCAGGAUGAACACCGCGAAGAGAGACGUUCUUUACGACUUCCGUGGAACUGAAAUCCAUCAGACCGUGGAAAUGCCUUGGAAUGGCCACACGUUGCGCUACUCUAGCAUCGAGGCUGGACAGCAUGGCGGCCAACGUCAGGAGAUUACACUCCAGGCUGGUUUACCAGGCGAGAACCCAGUUGCUUUCAAGGAUAAGAGACGUACGAGCUUUUUACAACUGGUCGAGGACAUAGCCACUGGAAAAUGCUUCUCCUGGUCUGACGGCUACAAAUCCGUCAAGAGUCGCCAGCUAGAAGACUUCAGUUACAAUCUGCUUGAAGAAGAUCUCCCUGAGGACGUCAUUGUCGACAACGAAAAGUUUGAUUCUCACGGCCGCGUAAAUCGAUACAGAUCAGCAACGAGCGGAGACAGUUACAAGCCCGACCAGCGCGGCCACUUUAAUCAACAUAGGCCAGCCAUCGAGAUGAGCAAUGAUAGGUACGAUUCGCGAGAUCAUGUCGGUGAACGUGAAUCAGCCACGAAGGCGAACAGUGGCAAGCUUGAAAGCCGUGUCCGUUUGAAUGCACGCGCGCCUAGCCCAGAGCCAGAGAAAGGAACUCCAGUUGAGAUCUUUGACGACAUAGACGCAUUGUUUGCGGCGGAGGGCCCGACUUCUGAGCUCAACCCCGACACGACAUCCAAGUCUGACAAGCAACAGCUUGAUGAGACCAAAUUUGACGACAAAAUUAUUACCAAACCAAGUAAAGAGGAAGAUUAUCUUAUGAGUUUCCUCGAGAAGUACUCUAGCCCUAAGGCCUUUUUGAGUGAAGACAACAGGAAGCUCUACGGCAUCGAUGCUGCCUACAAAUACAAGAAAUCAAUGACGAGCGUUGCUGAGGAUUUUCCUCCGAUCGGCAACUCGCCAGAUUUUCCAGAUUUUCCAGAAGACAAGGUCACACCACCAAAACCUCGGAAGGCAAAGGUUGCAACUAAAAAGGAGAAGUCUCGCAAAAAGGUUCAGAGUGAGAACUUCGCAACCCAGGAGCCAGCACCCAAGCCCAAGCCCAAAGCAACGCCAAAGAAAUCAGCAACUACCGGGAAAGCCAAGGACAAACCCAGCAAAUAUACCCUCCCAGAGCUACAGAAACCCGCCACGAUGUCAGAUGCGGAUGCAUUUGCGGCUCAGUUCGCCAGACGAGCGACUUCAGAGAACAGAGGGAAGGACCAAAAUAGUGUCAUUGGGUUCUUCGAUACCCUCCCAGAGGAGAAGAAGCCUGCUAAAAAGAAGUCUGCUCAGAAGAAGCCCGCUCAGAAGAAGAAACAGUCUGCUUCAAAGAAGAAGCAACCGACAUCGAGUAACUCGAAACACAAAAAGCCUUGA